AUGCUGCGAAAUCUGCAAACAGAAACAAGUCUCAAAAGGUACUUAUCCUCAAGGCUUCGCACCCGACUCCCUACUUCACCCACAUUCACCACAUCCCCGACCGCAGCAUCCAUAUCAAGAAAACACGAAACAACGCGUAGUGACGACACCCUCCCCUCGCCGCUAAGGCACAAAAUCGCUAGCGCUUCAGUGAACGACCUUCCGACAACUUCAGAGGCAUGGCAUCUUGAGCCUAAUAGCCAUGGGAAGGGUGGUCUGAAAAAUACGCUUGACAGUCGGGGGGACUAG